GAUGGAUACGUGGGAAGGGGACGCAGAAUCCUGGUUUUUUCACGUGUACCUCUUAUUUCCUUUUGUGUGUGGGUAUGUCUGCAUGCACGUUUGAAACGAAUCUGAGCAGCUUCCCACCUCAACCCCACAGACUCGCGAAUCUCCAAAUGCUUUAUUUUGAAAACUAGGACAUAGCACUUUGCAGAAGAAAAAUCAGUCCAUUCACCGUUAUUUAUGUGAUUGCUGAUCGGCUAGAUGGAUAUAGAAAGCACCAAGAAUUAUAAUAAUUUAUGGAGCGGAGCAGUGGUUUACAAACAUUAUUUGUCAACCCGAGCUUUGAGGGUUUCUUUGCUUCUCGGGCUUCGUUGGGUGCUAUGGGAAUGGAGGAUAUUCAGAAUUUGAAGACCAGCUGGGUGAACUGACUGUCUUCCUAUCUAAGGUUCAAGGAAUAAGUGAGCAGCUAUUCGUGGCAGACAGGACAUGAUCCAUCUGUUCCCAGGUCUGGCUCGGGGCCGGGCGGCGGGAGAUGCCCGCGGGGCCCGCGGAGGUCCAUGUGGCGCGCUAGGUGGGACCCCGGCGUCCUGAAGGCAGAGGCCCUGGCCCUCCUGCCCUGCGGCCUGGGCAUGGCCUUCUCGCAGUCCCACGUGAUGGCCGCCCGGAGGCACCAGCACAGCCGGCUCAUCAUCGAGGUGGACGAGUACAGCUCCAACCCCACCCAGGCCUUCACCUUCUACAAUAUCAACCAGGGCCGCUUCCAGCCGCCACACGUGCAGAUGGUGGACCCGGUGCCUCAUGACGCCCCCAAGCCGCCCGGCUACACCCGCUUUGUCUGCGUGUCUGACACCCACUCGAGGACGGACCCCAUCCAGAUGCCCUACGGCGACGUGCUGAUCCACGCGGGGGACUUCACGGAGCUGGGGCUCCCGAGCGAGGUGAAGAAAUUCAACGAGUGGCUGGGCAGCCUGCCCUAUGAGUACAAGAUCGUGAUCGCUGGCAACCACGAGCUGACCUUCGACCAGGAGUUCAUGGCCGACCUCAUCAAGCAGGACUUCUACUACUUCCCGUCCGUGUCGAAGCUGAAGCCCGAGAACUACGAGAAUGUGCAGUCGCUGCUGACCAACUGCAUCUACCUGCAGGACUCGGAGGUCACCGUGCGGGGCUUCCGGAUCUACGGCUCCCCGUGGCAGCCCUGGUUUUACGGCUGGGGUUUUAACCUCCCACGCGGCCAAGCGCUGCUCGAGAAAUGGAACCUCAUUCCUGAAGGCGUGGAUGUCCUGAUAACCCACGGACCGCCGCUGGGCUUCCUGGACUGGGUCCCCAAGAAGAUGCAGCGGGUGGGCUGCGUGGAGCUGCUCAACACGGUGCAGAGGCGCGUCCAGCCGCGGCUGCACGUCUUUGGCCACAUCCACGAAGGGUAUGGAGUCAUGGCGGAUGGGACGACCACCUAUGUGAACGCCUCUGUGUGCACCGUGAACUACCAGCCCGUGAACCCACCCAUAGUCAUCGACCUCCCCACCCCCCGGAACUCUUGACUGCCCCCGCGGCCCCAGCCCUUCCCACCGCAUCAGCUCCAUAUGCCUGGCCGAGAGCACGGACCCCCAGCCGCCCUUCCUUCCCUGUACACAGCCUGUCCAGCUCCGGGAACAGCCCAGCCAAUGGGCUGAGGCCUUGGAAUGAAGAAAAUCACCCCUGACUCUAUCCCUGGAGUCGGGAUCCCGCGGGGCUGUUGGGGGAUCUGCACUCAUCGCUGAUUUCUGCGUGUCCCUUCCAUGUGUUCCUUGUUAAAGGACCUACUAUGCUCGCAGCCGCGUCCUGCUUGGGACGUGACGGAGUCUUCAUCUGCUCAGUUGGACGCCCUCGUGGGUUUGGGAAACUGCUGCUCUUGGACGGAUUCUGAAGUUCUGGCACAAAAUCUCCCUCUCACUGAGGGUCUGAGUGGCUGCACGCCUCAGGGUUGGGGAGGUGGAUGGGUGGGGCGUCGCAGUCUGAGUGCGGGCAGCCCUUCCGCUUCUCCCAGGCCUCCGAGGGAGCAAUCAGGGACGUCUCAGGAAUUGGGCUGCAUCUGGCCAGGCCACCCAGACGUCGGCUUCUUGCCGUCCCGUGUUUUCUUCCUGUGGGCAUUUUUGCUGAUGUGAAUGAUGGCCUGAGCAUCCUGGACACCAACUCGCAGCCUGGACUUGGUGGGGUGGAGAGGGGUUGGUUCUGUAGAAUGAGCUUGUUGAAGACCCAGGACUGGGCUGGAGGAUCCCCAUGUGCUGGACGCCCCUGGUCCCCUGGGGUGUGCCGAGCGCUGCAGAACCCAUCAGCCAGGGGGGUCCAUGGGCCAAGGCAGCGCUGCGCUCUGUGCGCUCGUGGGGAUGUGGACACACUCAUACUUGCGCCCCUCUUAACCUAGUGAGGUGAACCUCGGGGCUCCCACUGCUGUCCUCGGAUGUGUUCUGGCCCCCGGUGGGAUUUCCCUUGCCCCUUGGGUUCUGUCUCCCCUGCCGUUGGCUGAGAUGGCUGAAUGGUUCACAGUUGUGGUACCAGGUACCAGCUGCCCCCUAAUGGGAACAAGGCCCAGAGUCAGAGCCAGGACUGGACUCCUGCAGUUCCACCAGGGGGACUUCAAGGACUGCAGCGUUGGGCUGAGUCUCUCUGAUGGACAGAGAACCAGCCAGGCCUGCUUGGGGUGAAGCCGGUGAGGCCGAACUGGCACGGGCAGCAUUAGAUUCUUUAUUUAAAAUUUAGGUAUUUUGUUUAUCAUAGAUUUUUUCCCCUGCAUUAAUUUUGGUUUUUAAAAACACUGCAUUAAAAUAGUCUCAUUGAUCUGGAUCACCGGUUUUUUUGGUGCCCCCUUCAAUUGUGUGUCCGACAGGAGGGCCCUGCCUGCCUCCUCUUCAUCCCAGGCCUGGGAACCAGCAUUUAAUGAGCCCUUUGCAGAUGUGAUCCCAUUUCCGGCACUCCUGCAAGGUGGGUACUGCUGGCCCUGUUUUAGAGAUGAAGUGAUUGAGGUCAGAGAGGUUAGGCAACUAGCCUGAGGGUGCACAGCUCAAAAGAGGCAGAGGCAGGAUUUGAACCUUGGUCUCUGGUUUCACAGCCCCCUACUCUGCCAGCACCCGAAGCUCUGCCCCUACAAGGAGAUGCAGGACUCAAGGCUCUUUUUCUUUAAGGAUCCUGUUCAGCACCUGUCAGGUUCAUUUCUCACGGAAAGCCCCCGAAGCCCUGGAGGACUUGGAUCUCUGAGCCCAGGGUCCCAGGAGACCGUGAUUCCUUCCCUAUGAGAAUGGGGCUCCCAUAGGGUGAGGGACCCAUCCAGGGAGCCCAGGAGCAGCAGCCGGCUGGCUGGGGCCAGCUUUACUCUGCGUCCUGCGGGGCUUCAGGAGUCCUGUUCAACCCACGUGGUUCCUGGUAGCCGGGGAUGUUUACAGGGUCUCUGGGGGCACCUCAGACGCACGGCAUGUGUGUGCUUAAAUGGGUGGCGAUGACUCCAGACUCUUUCGAUCGCCUCUACUGAAUUUCUAUGUGGACCAAGAACUAUAAACUUAAAAAAAAAAUCUUUUUCCUAAGGUAUCUUCAGAAUAUGGUGUAUUUUUAUGUGGAAAAUAAAAGUUAUGAAGGCAGCUGUUACUUUAAAAGAAAAAUUCAUUAAAAGUCCUUGAGGUAUGAAAGAUGACGGCGUGCUCCUCAAUCAUUUUGGCAUAACUUGAUUGUGGCUGUAAUUUUUUUUUGUCAAGCAUGUCAGACAAUAAAGUCUUUGUAAAAAGAAA